GACUACACGAUUAACUUCCGAUUGCUGGAAAGCCGCAUGUGUUUUAAUUUUUGGAGAGUAACUCGUUUAUAAAGACUACUGUUUAUAUGUAAAUAGUAGGUUUGGCGUUUUUGUUACUAGAAGUAGAAACUCAGAUUACACGUUAGUGUUACUUUGGGUUGCUGUACAUUAUUAUACGUUUGCAUAUAACCACGCUCGAUAUGACACUUUUUUACUAAAAUUUUGUUGGAAGCGAAAUCUGUUUUUCUGGUGAGCAAAAACAUCCCCUGGAAGAAAGUUUAAUAAAAAAUGGCACCGAGAAAAAGCAAGAAGACAGCACCAAGCUUUCGUAAAUUGCUGAAAACCAGCAAUAUCAAGAUUGAAAACAAACUAAAGAACAGGCAGUUAAAGCAGCAAAGCACCGCAAAGAAACACCGGAAGGAGCAGAAGAAGCUCAGGCAAGCUCUCAAUAAUGCUGCAACCCAAACUCCUCUUCCACUGGAGCGGUACAAGAAAAGGCCAGAGGAUGAGGAGGACGAGGAGGAGUUUGAGGAAUCUCUCCCUGUGGAUAUGAUGGAAGAGGAUGAUCUGGAGCAGAUGAAGGCCAUGGCCCAAAAGGCCUCAUUCCUAACGAGAGACCUUUCUUCCAGUGAGCCAGUUCAUGCCAGGAAGCGCAAACGGGAGAAUGUGAUGGAGAAGUAUGAGAAGUUGCCUAGACUGAUGCAGAAGGAGCAGGAAAAAGAGCUUAUUCACCUGCUGCCCAUCAAAGACAAGACUGGCAUUAUUCCCCAGACUAUGGAGAGACCAGCAGUAAAGAAAGCAGAGAAGGAACAUCAGGAUGAAGAUGGUGGUGAUGGUGCUGAAGAAGUUAAUGCUCCGACGCCUCUUCCAUUACUAACCACACAAGAUCUGGUGGUCCUACGGAGGAAGAGACUAGAGGAGAGAAAAGUUUGCAUUGCUGCUCUGGGAUCAUCCAUUUUGUCAGAUCCAUCAGCCAAUAUUAAGAAGUUGAAGGAGCUUCGCUCAAUGCUGGUAGAGUUGGAUCCCUAUGUGGCCGUCACAGUUCGAAAGCUAGUGAUGGUCUCACUGAUGGAGAUCUUUAAGGACAUAGUUCCUUCUUACAGGAUUCGGCCCUUGACUGAAGCAGAAAAGUCUACGAAGGUUAAAAAAGAAACCCAGCAACUAAGAGAGUUUGAAGAAGGUUUAGUAAGUCAGUACAAGUUUUACCUUGAGAACUUGGAGCAAACUGUUAAAGACUGGAAACAGAUGAAGAAAAAGAAAAGCGAAGUUGUUUCAUUAAAGUCGUACAAAGGUCUGGCUGAAGUAGCCGUGAAGUGCCUUUGUGAGCUCCUGGUGGCUUUGCCUCACUUCAACUUCCACAACAAUAUCAUAGUGAUGAUUGUACCCCUUAUGAAUCACGACUGUAAAAAGAUUUCAGAAAUGAGCUGUGAAGCAGUGAGGAAGCUUUUUAAACAAGACAAAGUUGGUCAGGCUUCUCUCGGAAUGGUUAAAGUGAUCUCUGGUCUUGUCAAAAGUAGAAACUAUGAAGUCAAACCAGAGGUUCUGAAGGCUCUGCUUUGCUUGAGAGUAAAAGAAGUGGAAGUUAAGAAAGAUGCAGAUGAUAUUGCCCCCAAAAAGAGAUUCAUGAACUGCAAAGAAAAGAGAAAACAUCUCUCACGAAUGCAAAGAAAGUGGAAGAAAGCUGAAGAGAAGUUAGAAAAAGAACUUCUAGAAGCUGAAGCAACAGAAAGCAAAGAGAAAAAGCUUAAACUGCAUACAGAGACCCUGAACAUUGUGUUUUUAACAUACUUCAGGAUACUGAAGAAAGCUCAGAAGUCAAUUCUGCUCUCUUGUGUUUUGGAAGGUCUUGCAAAGUUUGCCCACCUUAUUAAUGUGGAGUUCUUUGAUGAUUUGCUGAUUGUGCUGCACAAACUCAUUGAAUCUGGGGAUUUGAGCUACAGGGAAAGCCUUCAUUGUAUUCAGACCGCCUUUCAUGUUCUCUCUGGUCAAGGUGAUGUAUUGAACAUUGACCCAUUGAAAUUCUACACGCACCUCUACAAAACUCUUCUCAGACUACAUGCAGGUACUGCGAAUGAUGAUAUGAUCAUUGUCCUGCAGUGUCUGGACGUGAUGUUGACUAAGCGCAGGAAGCAGGUUUCAGUGCAGCGAGCGCUUGCUUUCAUUAAACGCCUCGCCACGCUCUCUCUACAAGUGCUACCAAAUUCAACAAUCGGCAUCUUGGCAACAAACAGGGUGCUAAUGCACACAUUCCCCAAGUCUGAUAUCUUGUUGGAUAAUGAGUCGCAGGGUAGUGGGAUAUAUCUGCCUGAGCUUGAUGAACCAGAGUAUUGUAACCCUCAGAAUACAUCUCUGUGGGAGCUGCAUACACUUCAGAGACACUAUCACCCUAUUGUGCGGAAGUUUGCAGCUCAUCUCGUUGUGGGGGCACCAAGCGAGGGCUCAGGAGCACUUAACGUGGAUCUCAGUAGAAAAUCAGCUACUGACCUUUUUGAGGAUUAUAGUACAAAAGGAAUGACAUUCAAUCCUCCAGUUGCAACACCGUCAUCAAAGAAAAAGGAGAAGUUUACAAUUGGAGAUGCAUUGCUGGACAGUGAUUUGAAGAAACAAAUUGACAGCCGUCUUGAAGCCACCUCUAUUCCAUCAGAUUUGGAUUUUACAGCGCAUUUCAGGAAGGCAUUUAUGUAGAGAACAGUGGCCAGCUUUGGACAGUUGUAUUUAACACAGGACUGCAAGAGAGACCCACAAAUUAUUAUUGUGGUUUGCUUUAUGAAAAGCCAACAAGGUUAAGGAACAGACGGAUGGGAAUGUGUUAAUGAAAGAAGAUAGUGGAUAUUGAACAGCAGCUAAACUUAAACUCUCAAGCCACAGUAUGAUUGUGGUGGGAAAAGUAAUAAAAACUGUUUUGUUCAAAUAAAUUCCAGUAAAGUGGUCCAAAUCAAGUCAACAUUUGUAAUUCUAAUUCAGUGUAACGGUAUUAAUUUGAGAUGUUGGAAUGCCAUUUAAUGGAGUCAUUUUCAAACAAUAAGUCAAUUCAUUUUAACUUGGACCCCAAUGGAGAACCUGCCUUCGAUGUCUUAUUACACAUCCCACUUUUAUGUUUGGGGGCUUCUAUGUUAAGACUGCAUAGCAUAGAUGGGACUGGAACAAAAAGUGUCAAGAUAAAAAUAGUUUAAAUGAAAGCGUUUGAAAAACUAAAAAAUGUGUGAAUGUUGUAUCUUGAGUAAUGAAUGCAGACAGGUCAUUACACUGUAUUUGAACAACAAAAAAAAGUUGUAUAAUGACAAUUCUUGUCUACCACUUUAGCACACUAAACUACUUCUCUUUUAGUUGCUAGUGCAUUUCAGACAGCUGCAGUGAUUUUAGAACCUUAUUUUGUUGGCAGUCAUAAUUAAUGUUUAAUCUCAACAGGACUUUCUCUUUUAGUUGGCUGUUCAGGGGGUUUUGAUCUUUUCCAAAAUGUUUUUUUUUUUUUUUUUUUAAUAUUAUCACUUUUUGGAAGAAGUAAAUUUUCCUGAGUUUGUUUUCACAGAAUUGGUUCAUUUCCUAUAAAGUAAUUGAUAAAGUAACCUUUUCCCAUGGAAGUGAGAUGGUGCAGUGGGCUAUUCCAGUAGUAUGUUCAAAUCCAUCUGAUUCUUUCCUUUAUUUUCAAAGAAUGUGUCUUAAUGUACCUUAUAUUCAGUUUGAAACACAGCUUUCCUGUGACCGCUGGUGGUGCAGCGGGCUAAUCGUGCCAGGGAGGUGGGUGGAAGUUGAGGGUGUUGCUGCCUGAGUGAGGGAAGAGUGGAAGUUGAUGGUGUUGCUCCUGAGGAAGGUAAACUGCACUUUUCUUUUUCUUAAAGAUUCUUAUUGUCUGCAUUCAGUAAUUCUUUAGACUUCAAUUUAUGUGCAUUCAAGAAUAGAAUGAAGUCUGAAGAAUUAUUGAAUGCAAACAAGAAUCUUUAAAAAAAGAUCUGCUUGCAGAAAAGUGCAGUUUACCUUCCUUGGGAGCAACACCAUCAACUUCCACUCCUCCCUCACUUCCAGACCCCCCACCUCCUUUCUAUCCUCCCCUACUUCCUCUUCCCUCAGGGCAGAUCUUCUCUCCAUUUAGUUACAACCAACACCAUUACAUACCUCAGGAGUUCACCUCCAAGAGCUGGAUUUUGAACUGCUGUCUUCAGGGAGGAAAGGGAACAUUUUGUGCUGUGGACCGGGGGCUUGUUAUUCUCAACUGUGUUUACUUUGAGACUUGAACGGGAUUCAAAGCCAAACAUUAAAGUAUAUAAGGUAAAUUAAACUUUUUUUUUUUUAAAUGAGGUAUUAACACAUGUGCCUCACAUGGGACUUGAGAUGACUACACUGCGAAUCAGUCCAAGUAAGCUUAUUUAUCAAUUUAUUUUUUUAUUGCUUAAGCAGAGAACACUAGUGCUGUGUCUGUUCUGGUUGUCUCAACAUUUUUUUUGGCGUCAUGGCAGCCAGAGUUGAGCUGGGUCCUUUUUUGUACGAACAUAUUUUUCCAUCCAGUGUCCUCCAAUACACUGAUAUUUUUAUAAGGGAGCCCCUGCCUGUGAGUGACACCUUCAUAGACUGGCUGGUAAUGAAUACAGUGGGAGAUAAAAGUCAUAAAGCAUCAAGAAAAAGAAGUACAAGUUAGACAAAAAUUAAGACAACAAAUUAGACAGUAAAUUUAGAAUUAAUAAAGAAACUUAAGUAACUUACAGUAAAUACACAGUAAGUUAAAAAAUAAAUGAAGUUAGACAGUAAGAAAGAAAUUAAGACAUGAAGUUGGUGAGACACACAUGAAUGCCUCUUUUCCACUACAACCGAGCCACGCUGGGGCCGUACAGUGCGCUUAAGGGGAGCCUGGGUUAUUUUUCCACUAUAGAGCCGAGUGGUGCUACUGAUAUCACAUGAAAGACAGUUGUUAUUGUUAUUAAUUAACUGAAUUUGCCAAAAGAUGCACAAACAAAUGAUGUUCAAAAAUUAAUAGACCAACGAUAUAACUAUCUUGUAUCGCUAUAUUUUUAAAAUAGAUUUAGGGAUUUCUUUAUAAUCUACAAAUUUUACUGAUUAUAUCGACAUACUAAAACUCAAUUAGUUAUGUUGAAGGGGGGAAAAAGGUUUUAAACAUAUGUACAGUAUUUUGUUUGACUUUUUGUAAAUAAGUUUAGAAUUGUUUUAUUUUCCAAUUUUUCUUGUAUUUUUUUCUAACAUGCACUGACUAAUGCAGUGUAAUGUUGAAAAUCCUUCACCCAGCCCCUGGCUCUGCUCACAGCCUUAUUCAGAUGUCUUGUAAUGCCAGAGUUUCAUGGUUUGGUUCUCUCUCGCCUCGACAAAUAGCCAGGGGACAACCACCUGUAUCCAUGCUGUACCGAGCCCUCACAGGUCUGGUGUGCCAGUGGAGGUGGUGUAUAAGACAGUAAGAAUGAAGACCUUAGAGCAGUGGUUCCCAAACCAGUCCUGUGGACCCAGUGUCUAGACCCUUAAUUGAAUUGAUGAUUUGCUGAAUUAGACCUUUUAAAUUGUUUUCG